CUCUGUGUGCGGACUCGUCAUAUCACCGCAUAUUGUCUUACUUUUGCGCAUCAUCAGCAUUCUCGUCGUACUCACCUAUCUCAAACCCCAAACCAGACUUGUACAAAAUAAUCAAAAUGGCUCGAGCAUUAUCACCAGAGGAGAUACAGGUCUUCAAGGACUUGUUUGAUUCAUAUGACUCGGACAAGGGUGGAAACAUCACCGUCGAGGAGUUCGCCAAAGUGAUGUCCCAGACUCCUGGCCAGCCCCCUUCCGAAGCCGAAGUGGCCCAGAUCGUCAAGGAGGUCGACCUCGACGGCGAUGGCACUAUCAACUUCAAUGAAUUUAUUACCAUGAUGACAGGCCAGCCCUACCCGCCAAAGGUGGAAGAGGAAAAACAGCCUGAGCAGCAAGUUGAAGAAGAUGCAGAGUACGCCACCGCCUGGAAGCAAUACGAACCGUCGCUGAAUGGAUCAAUCACAGCAAGUCAGUUCCGGCAACUGAUGGCGGAGCUGGGGGAGCCCGUCAAUGAUGUCGAGGUCGAGCAAUUGAUCAAUAAUGUGGAUGGGGAGGGGAAGCUCAGCUAUAAGGAGUUCUUGCACUUUGUGAAGAGUAGGAACGUCGAGGAUGAUAUUCUCAGUGGCUACCAAUGACCAUCUGCGUUGUAAUGGAUCUUGUGUGUUACAGUUGAUAUAAGGCGAAGAUAUGAAACCAUUAAUCGUCAACAGACUCAAUACCAUGAAAGAGCUUGCUUUAAUCUCUCAAAUUUGUCUGCUUUUCUUUGGAUGUUCCCAGUCUAGUGAUACGUCGGAAAAUAGCACCACUUCUUCAGCG